GAUUAUGCAAAUCAGACAGGGUGUUUCCGAGCCCGACUCGUACGUGGAGUGGUAAAGUAGGACUAUUAGAGUGAAAAAUGGCGAAAACGUACGAUUUUCUGUUUAAAUUAUUAUUAAUAGGAGACUCAGGAGUGGGGAAGACAUGUGUUUUAUUCAGAUUUUCAGAAGACGCUUUCAAUUCAACGUUUAUUUCAACGAUAGGUAUUGAUUUCAAGAUUAGGACUAUAGAAUUAGAUGGUAAAAAGAUCAAGUUACAAAUAUGGGACACAGCAGGCCAGGAGAGGUUCAGAACAAUCACAACAGCGUACUACAGGGGAGCAAUGGGUAUCAUGCUUGUAUACGACAUCACAAAUCAGAAGUCAUUUGACAACAUCAGGAAUUGGAUUAGGAAUAUUGAAGAGCAUGCAUCGGCAGAUGUAGAGAAGAUGAUCCUAGGAAACAAAUGUGAUAUGGAUGAUAGGAGAGCAGUAUCCAAGGAGAAAGGAGAACAGUUGGCAAUAGAGUAUGGUAUCAAGUUCAUGGAGACCAGUGCAAAGGCUAGCAUCAAUGUUGAAGAGGCUUUCGUGACACUUGCCAGGGAUAUCAAGUCAAAGAUGGACAGGAAAAUGGAUGCCACAGGUCAGCAGAAGUCAGGAGGAGUCAAGGUCACGGAGAAGGAGUCGCAAAAGAAAAGUGGCUGGAAAUUCUGUACCUUAUUGUGAUGCCUUCCUCCUUAACCACUUGACCAUGCAAAUUCCCUGAACCGCUUUGAAAAGACUUGAGGUUUAGGAGCAAGACUAGAAUUGGGGAUCAUUCUGAUUUAGCCACACUGUUUUGUAACCAUAGCAACAUUUUGAAAACUGGGAAACUCUUCAUCCUUUUUGUUUCCCUUUUCUGCAAAUUUGAAGAUGCAAACAAUGUCUGCGGGAAAUUAUGAGACAUGCAGGUUUCACAUCUUUAUCAUAAAUUUACAUAAGUAAAUUCUUAAUGCAAAAUUAGAAACUACAUGUAACUGUAACUUCUAGCAAGGGAUACAUGAAAGUGAUCUUUUAUGCUCAAACAUUUUGUUUUCCUUCAGAAAUCUGAAAUGACCUCAUAUUUGUUGUUGUCUUCUCACACAAAGAGAGUGUUCUGCCUUAUAUGGUUAGAUUAAUGUGAUUCCCCGAUGUGUGACUUGUUACUCAUAGACUUAACAUCAUCAUGUGUGACUAAGAAAAUGCCACAAUGACCAAAAUAUUGGAGAAGAGAAAUGUAUGAUACUUUUAUAUUUCAUUUCAUUACUUUAUACUGCAGAAGAUUAUGAUUUGAGCUGCAACUUGUUAUAUGUGAUACAUCCCCUCACAAGUUUAUCUUGUUGAUUUGAUGUAUAUUUAAUAUGAAAUCAAAUAACUCCUAUGUAAAGGGGAUAAGAUUUUGUAUUUCAUUGAUCAAGGCCAGUACUUGACUAUCUCGUCUUGGACUGUAUGUACUUAUACCUUCUAGCAAAGAAGAUGAGAUUCCUUGAACAAAGAAAUUAUUUAUCCCCAGGUUUAAAAAAACAGCGCAUGUUUACAAUGAAAAAUUUAUUGGAAAACAAAAAAUUUCUCAAAGCAACAUAUGUAUGUAUGUACUCUCUUUCAUAUUUUUUAAUUGUUAUAUUGAGAUAUCUAUUCAUCUGUUGUAAACAAAUUUGCAUGUGGAACAUUCUAAGCAGUGUUGUCAGGAGCAGGGUUCUGAGACUGUGAUCAGGAGAAGAACUCAUUACUUUCAUAUAGCAUGAGAUUUUGGUGUCCGGACAGAGAUAGAUAACAAAAUGCCAGACCUGCUUAAAAUGUUCUUUGGGAUAAUUAUAAUACUUAUCAAACUUGGGGUGGCAGUUUUCGACCUGUCAUUAUUGUUAUCCAUUUAUCAUUUUUGAAACCCAUUGAAAUGAUGAAGCAAACAGUAUUUAAAUAAUGAGUGGUGAAGAUACUGAUGCUCUUCAUUCACAUAUAUGUGGAAAUUGUUGAUUUAAAAGGUGAUUUUUUUUCCCUCUCUUUUUUGCUGUAGGUAUUUUUAUAUCUUUAAAAGAAAAAACGGUUAAUGAUUGUUGUACGAUGAUUUGAUUAUGUAACAAAAUUACUGACACUUUUUUAUAUCGAGGAAUAUGUUCACUAGCCAAGUAUGUCCAUUCGAUUUGGAAUGAAAUUUUAUGUCAAUUGUUGCAGAUUCUUUCUUUGAAGGGAUUCCAAUCAUAAUUUGGUGAAGGAGUUCAUUAAAUGCUUUCUGGUUGUACAACAAAUGCAGAGAUAUAAAACUGCAUAGAAGACAUGAUUUUUUAUAAAAAUCCAUUAUUAUUUUACUCUAUUUGCAAUAACCUGGCAAUUCAUAUCAAAAUACACAUCCUAGUGCAUAAUGAUUAUCAUUUGGUAUAAAGGUCACCAUGUCUCUAAAAGAAAUUAUGGAAAAUUGCAUAUUUUUGUUGCCCCAACAGUGAUAAGAUGUAUAUUGCAAAAGUCGAGGACCAAUUUUCAAGAGGAAAACAAAUCUAUCGGCGUAAGAAUUGUUAAUAAUUCAGUCGGUUCACUGCCUGUCUGUAUAUCACAAAUAUAGGAUAUAUCUUAAAAAAUAAGAUCAUAGUAAUGUGCAUGUUUAUUUUCAUUAGAAAAAUUAUAUUUCAAAUUUAUGUUUCUUUAAAUUCAUCUUCACAUUUUUAUUUUAAAUCAUGCCAGUGGGAAACUAGAAAUUUGAAAUAUUCUGUUCAGUAGGUUCAAUUCAUAUCCUUGCAACCCCAUUUUAUCAUUCUGCUUAAACCCUUUGGCCCGAAUUCACAAAGGAGGUUUGUCGACAAACCUUGGUUUUCGUACGUCAUAUGACGCGUUUUACGCGUUUUUUACAAACCUGGUUUGUAAAGAACAAAAGGAGGUUUGGCGAAACAAAAGGAGGUUUGAGCUCAAACCUUGGUCUGAGCUCAAACCUUGCUUUGUGAAUUCGGGCCAUUAUGUUUAUCCAAAGCACAAAGAUGUAGAUCAGAAUUUAUGAAAUUGCCAGUGCAUAUAAUUUCCUGAAAAAUUUGUGCCCACUUGAGAUUCAUAUUCUUCUGAUCUAUAAGAUCAUUUUCAAAGCAAAUGCAUAUUCAAUUCCACAAUCUUGACCUUUUUUUCCCAUCUUUGAAAGUUGAGAAGAAAAUAAAGAACCUCACGUUUUAGUCUACUGCAAGUUUCCAUUCAAAACAAAACAAAAACCAAAUAACUGGACAACAGAAGGUGCAUAGAGUGAACAGUUUUCUCUUGACUGAUAUUGUGGAUAAGUGUUUUGGUAACAACUGUACUUCCUCUUAUUGUAGGUGAUGCUAGGGGGGGGGGGAUAACAUCUGGAAGACAUUAAUUUUACAAUGUUAAUCAUCUCAUUACAAAACAUUUAUUUUCUCUAUAAUAAAAGUAUUACACUUUUAUAAAGCGCUUAAUACAUUGACAAUGUCUUUAAGUGCUUUACAGAUAUAUUACUACCCCGGUCAUCGGAUUCAGGCUUGCCCGCACACAAUGUAUGCACAUUCUCCACUCCCUGGGGAGCAUUCCAGCCAGGCGUCAUUUAAUGCUCACAAUGCUGAGUAAACUACAUUCACUUUCACAUCCUACUAUUACCGGGUACCCAUUUAACACAGAGUGGAGAGUGUAGAUUAAUGCCUUGCCAAAGGACAAUGUCGGGGAUCGAACCAUGACCUUCAAAUUUCAAAUCAAGCGCUUAAACCACUCGACUACGACACAGAGUGAUUAUUUUGUCUUUCUUUGCUUUACAGGUGGUAUUUUGUAACUCCCAAAAGAAUAAUUUGGCUUUCAACUCUGCUGCUUUAGAAGUAUUGAAUUUAUAGCUUUGAGUAAAGUAACAAAACUUCACCAUGAACUUGCCAGACAUUAUUUAUAUCAAUUACCUGAUAUAUACAUGUACCUGUGUAUAUCAUAGAAGAUCAUGAGUAUUUGAUAAAUCUCAUGUACUGUGUUAAGGGAAAGUUAAUCCAAAACACAAAUGUUUGGUAUUUUAUUCUUCGUUCAACUCGUAUUGUUGACAAUGUAAUGACGUAAAAAUAAUGUGUAAAUAUUCCCUCUACCAUAAAUUCUUCUCAUAGCAUCUUGACAAAAAAUACUCUCAUUCUGACAUGAAAAUAUUCUUGUUGCAUAAAACAAGAAAAUGUGAUGUUUAUUUUAAUUGGUACGGAAUGAAAGCCACUGCUUAUGUAAUAACUUACCAUGAGAUGUUCCCAUGGAAAACAAAAUGAUUGGAAGAGAAUCGUCUUUUAUAAGCAUAGCAGCUAGACGUAGCUAAUGAGGCUUAGCUUUGGGACGAUGGAGUUCUGCAAUUUCUUCCAGUGCGAUUGCAUCUUUAUUGUAAUAAAUCCUUAUCAUCUUUAUUUAGUAUAUAUAUACCAGUAUAAUUCCUCUUAUGUGUACAGAAGCAUUUUGUCAUUUGCUUUAUGAAAUAAGAAUAUUAUGUGCUUCCAUUUAUGAUGUGUUACAAUCAAUUGUUAGUAAUAAAAUAUGUUCUGGCAACAAAAUUUCAAAAGGUUGAAGUCAAAAGCACAAUACAUACUGAAGGCAUGUGUACUGAAAGGGUUUCAAGAAAGGCAAAGGAUCUUAAUGUAAUUUGUUCCAUCAUCUCUGCCAACAUAACCAAAAAAUACCAAACAGCAAUGCUCUAUAGUCAGCAGUAUUACUCCUGAUAUCCAAUUAUAUUGACAUUACUCUUGUUAUGAAGUAAUCAAUAUUUCCCUUUCUUUCCAUAUAUGAUUGUAUAUGAAAAGAUGAAUGUCAGAAUACAAGUCAUCUGUUUAGACUGGACCACCCUUCAGCCUCCACCCCACAUGUAUGUGUUUUUGUCUGUAUCUGAUUGAAAUGGGGCCUGAAAUUCUCCUAUGUUGCUGUGCAUGAAGUGCAUAGCUUUGGGUUGGUAGAUUGACGUGUGCUCGUGGGAUAAUGACUUGUCUGAACUUUGAAUCAUAUAGCAUGUAUAUAUCCCAUUAUACAACAUCCAUCAUCAUUCCUCUAAUAGGUGGAGAAAGGCUGUGAAAAGUUUUUUUUUUUAAAUCCUCAUUUUCUGUCAUUUUAAGUGUUCCUCUCUUGUACAAGUAUCCUGAGAUGUGUCAAAUUGAAUGUGUAAUUUAAACAAGAUACAUCUAUAACUCACCUGUCUUUUGUGCAUCAAACAUGCAGGGAAAUAGAUCACUUCUCUCUUCUAAUAUAUUUUGAUUUGGUCUUCGAGUCAUAAUAUGGCUGGUGUCAUCAUGUGCACAUACAAAAUUCUUACAUUCUAUAUUUUUGAUUAUUUGAUAGAGGACGUCAGGAAAGUUCUAAAUCUGUUAUUACUAAAUUUGUUGCAAUUUUACGUUCAGGCUUACAGCAUAUUAGAGAAGAGAGAAAGAGAUGGAAUAUGACAUUUUUGUUAACAUUUAAAGGAAUUGAGUUGAUUCUGGACUACCUGCAGCUUCAUGAAAACCUUAAGGAACUGGUGAUGAAUUUAUAUACAUGUGUAUAUACAUGUUUAUAUAUAUUUUUUUCUUUAUUCUUCUUUAAAUAUGAACAUCACAUUAUAUAUCACUUGUGGAAGUUUUCUGUUUUCCAUGAUGACAUGAACUUGUUAAUUGUGUCAUAUUGAUGGAUAAAUGAUUGGACUGGUGUUCAAAAGAAGAUGGGACAAAGUUUAAGGAGUGAAAAAAGAAAAGAAGAAGAAUCUAUCUAUUAAAGGAGAAUAAUCCUAAUGUGAUGUGACAAGUCAGAGUUUGUUUGUGAACAUGGACUUGAAAACAUGAGAAUCUUUGAUCACAAACCUUUGUCUGACUUUCAGGAAUAGUCUGAUAUUCAUGAAAUUCUGUCUAAAUCAGGAUAAGUUUGAACACUUUGCACCAACAAGGAUAAUUAAAACUAAAUGAAAUUGUUAUUCAAGUGCAGUGAAUAAACAUCAUAGUCACAAGAUUUCUGGCACAGCUUGAAUGAUAGUCCAACUGAUUUUUGUUGAAUUUUUAAAUGGCGGGUAGUAGGAUCUGAAUGGUAAAAGCAUUGAUUACCGGUAUGUGAACAGAUGUACGGUACACAUUUGUUGAAAGUUAUUUUCAUAAGAGAUAUAAUCGUUCGUACUUGAGUUUCCAAACUUUUUUGAGGGGUUUAUUUACAGAUUUCUUAAUACUGCUUGGUGUCGGAAUGUAGUGCGAAUGAUUCAGUGGCAGUAACUACCAUCAAUGAUCUGAAGAAAUUUAACGAAAUAUGACUAUUCUAGUUGACAUCAAAAAGGUGUACAUGUAACUCUCAAAGAGGGCAUUCUAAUGAAGCAUUUUUUCACAGAUCAGGCUUGAUAAAUUGAUAAUCAUAUUUUGCAUUUGAAGUGAAGUUUAGGUUAUUUUGAAAGUGUAUUGGGGUGUGUACAGUUGAAUCCUCAUCAGUAUUUCAUUUCAAAAUAUAUUUUAUUCUUGGACUCUUCUUUAAUAGGUUAUAUACGCAAGUACAGUAUUUAGGAAGACAUCAAGGGGAAAACUGAUAGCUUUGUUGAUGGCUGGCUGAAAAUGUAGAUGUCACAUUUUCUUCCAUGUUGUCAGAUUCUUAUUACAUUGAAUUUUAAUCGUUCAACAGCUGUAAUCAAUACUCAAAGCUAAUCAAGGUCUUUCUCAUGCAUUGGUAAUUUGAAUUGUCCUCUAUCAGACAGCAAAAGAAACAUGCCAGGCAACCAGUUUAUGAUAUUGUCUCCUGAGUGCAAGAAGGGUGUUACUUAUAUCACUCAAGAUAGACAACGUGAUGGAUAGAUUGUAUUUUAUCUCAGCCCUGCCUGUGCAGCUAUUGGCAAUUUUAUUCUUGACAGUGAAUUUUGUUGGGGCUUCAUUGACAAUUCAAAAAGUAUAUUUUCUCUGAGAUCUUAUACAUGCAUCAUAAAAGAUUCUCUCGCUGAGCUUAAUAUUGAGAAUUUGAUGAUUCAAGCAGGUGGCAUCAUUUUAUUAGCCGUCAUGUAAUUAUUACACGCAAAUUGAAAUAGGAACUGCCAAGAUAAGAAUGUGGAAAUCUGUGAACUAAAAAUUUAAUAAGAUGGAUGUGUACUGAAUGAAUAAUUACAUUUCAUGUUAAUUUGUACAUAGACAAAUAAUGUUACUGCAACUUUUUGGUACGUUUUUCCUCUAUACUGCAUUGAUUAAAAGUGUUUGAUAGAUUUUCUAACAUGAUGUGAUUAUUUUGGGAUGUAGUGACGGGGGUAGCAAGUAUGAUUGUAGUUUUCCAUUCCAUGGGUAUUUAAAUAUACAACCUUUGAUGGUCAAGGACCCUUUCAGAGGCGCAAUCUGACUCUGCAAAAUGUUCACAUUGUCCACCUCUACUCUUUUUUUUUUAUGCCCAAUCUCUCUAAUAUUUUCAUUAAUAAAAAAAUACUCUCAUUGAUAUGUUGCAUUAUUACUGUAUGAAUUAUUAAAACACAUUAAGUUUAUAAAAAUUA